AUGAGCUCAUCCAAGCUCUUUGAUCAUGAAUGGUUUCAAUUGCAGGAGCUGCUACAUCAAGCUCUUGAUCGACGGUACCGAGCUGCCCAGAGGUGUGCAACGCCAUCAUCGAUUAAUCGCCACACCAACGACACUGCUACCAUCAAACUAUCUUCACCGCCGCCCAAGCACGACGAAGAUAAGGGCCGGACGGCGCAAAAAUCACUCGUUGUCGAUGACCAAGUCCAGGCUGCAUCCAGAUCGGUUCAAAUUCCACUGAUCCCUCAAAUCGACGGCUGGAAGUUUAAAAAAAAGGAAACGGUGGAAGACUUGCAGCGGAAGAAGAAGGCGAUGGGCCGCAGGGUGGUCUCACCUGCAUCACCAAUCACACAAACAGCACAACGAUCUUGCAAGUAG